AUGGCAGGGACUGAGAUCUCUGUCCCUUCCGAGCAGUUUACCAAAAUCAAAUCACUGGAGCUGAUCCCAGAAGUCCUAUUCGAGGACGAGGAAGACGGAGCAUGCAGAGGGAGGGGGCCCCCGGGCCCCGGAGACGUGCAGGCCCCGUGCCCCUACGGACCCCUCCAGGCCCAGGCGCCGGAGGGAGAGCAGAAGCCGCUGCUCACCACGGAGGAGAGCGAGAAGCACAUUCUGACCCUGCAGACGGUGCAGUUCUCCGAGGCCGUGGAGGUGCAGGACGUCAGCUGGCUCAGCGCGCAGCCCCAGGAGGGCGUGCAGGUGACGGUCCAGCAGGCGGGCGGCAGGCUGCAGUCUGAGCUGUGGCUGGGCCAGGGGUUCCAGCAGUGCGUAGCCAUCAGCAUCCAGGAGGAGGCGUACGUGCUGCAGGACAUGGAGGUGAUGGAGCUGCAUGCUCUGGAAGGCGGCUUGGCCGUGGCCAGUGAGGAGAGUAAGUGUGCGGUGAGCCUGGCCGAGAGCGCCGGACUGCUGAAGCUUGAGAAAGGCCAGGAGGAGGACCAGCUGCUGGCUGAAGGAGGACUCGAUCCACAGGCGGGAGAGCAGCUCUUUCUUGUGGAAGCGAAGCCAGGAGAUGAAGGGAGAGACGAAAUUGUGCUGACCAUUUCAAACUUGCACGUGGAAGAACAAGAAGAUAAACCUGCAUGCGUUCAAGGCCACGUUGAGAAAGCCAACUCUACAAAAAAACCAAAAAAGACGAAGGAAGUAAAACGAACCUUCCAGUGUGAUAUGUGCAUGUUCACCGCUUCUAGAAUUUCGAGUUUUAAUCGUCACAUGAAAACUCACACGGCUGAAAAGCCCCAUAUGUGCCAUCUUUGCCUAAAAGCCUUUCGCACCGUCACUCUUCUGAGGAAUCAUGUCAAUACGCACACAGGAACCAAGCCCUACAAGUGUGGUGACUGUGAUAUGGCGUUUGUCACCAGCGGAGAACUUGUCCGACACAGACGUUAUAAACACACUCACGAGAAGCCCUUUAAAUGCUCCCUGUGCAAGUAUGCCAGCGUGGAAGCCAGUAAGCUGAAGCGCCACGUCCGCUCGCACACGGGGGAGCGCCCCUUCCAGUGCCUUCUGUGCACCUACGCCAGCAAGGACACCUACAAGUUGAAACGGCACAUGAGGACGCACUCAGGUGAGAAGCCGUACGAAUGCCACGUGUGCCACGCACGCUUCACCCAGAGUGGCACCCUGAAAAUACACAUCCUACAGAAGCACAGCGAGAAUGUCCCCAAAUACCAGUGUCCGCACUGUGCCACCAUCAUCGCAAGGAAGAGUGACCUGCGCGUCCAUCUGCGCAACCUGCACACCUACAAGGCCACAGAGAUGAAGUGUCGCUGCUGCUCUGCCGUCUUCCACGAGCGCUAUGCCCUCAUUCAGCACCAGAAGACGCAUAAGAACGAGAAGAGGUUCAAGUGUGACCACUGCGGUUAUGCCUGCAAGCAGGAACGUCACAUGACCGUUCACAUACGCACGCACACCGGGGAGAAGCCGUUCACCUGCCUCGCGUGCAAUAAAUGUUUCCGACAGGAGCAGCUUUUCAAUGCGCACUUCAAGAAAUACCACGACGCGAGUUUCGUCCCGGCUGUGUACGCCUGCCCCGCGUGCGGCAAGGGCUUCUCCCGCUGGACUAACAUGCAGAGACACUCGGCCAAGUGUGGCGUGGGGCCAGGAAAGCCAGCUGCCUCGGGGAAAGCGAGAAGAACCAAGAGAAAGCCUGCCGCCCCAAAAGAGGCAGUCCAGGAAGACGAAGCGGCCGCUAAGGAGGUGUCCGCCGUGAGGCUGGAGCAGUGCCCGGGAGACGUGGUUCCUGUCCCCUACGGAGGCAUCACAGCUGAAGAAGUGACCUGUGACGGCUAAGCGACAGAGACUCCGAGUUCCUGUUUGCAGCAGUCAGCUCUCCAACAAGUUAGAAGUUUGUAGCAUCUUCUUCGAAACAACUAAGUUCAUGACAACGGAGGGUCUCGAUUUUUCCAAAGUUUAGGAUUAGUGCCAGGAAUUGUUUGCCUAUUUUUUUUUUCCACUGGAUAGUUCAAAACCAUGGCAGGUAUUUUAUAAAAGGCCCAGAUCUUGGAUUGGAGGGUAAAACCUCAAACCUGUGAAUUCAUUCACUAGAUACUGGCAAGGGGGCCUGCAAUGAAUGGGCAGUAAUUUGGGGUGGGGGGGACCUUCGCUAUUUCAGCUGUAAGUACAGACUGACUAUUUAGUGCUUCAGCCAACAGCCAAAGCGGGGAUACCUUAUGUUAAACCGUACACACCCUUUAUAUUUCUAAUAUGAUUUUUUUAAACCUGAAAAACUAAUUUUAUAUUCUUUUUUAAUACAAAUGAAUUUUCCAUAAAAUUCAAAGUCACCAUAAUACUUUUAAUUAGUUCGAAAUUCAACAAAAAAGAUCUUCAUACGGUGAAAAAAACAGCUGAGUAGAAGAUGGAAACCCCUAGAUGAGACUAGACGGCGACGUGUAAUUAUUUUACUCUGGUCUACGAGCAAGGUUCACUUUUAGAGUUUGUAUUCUUUCUAAAUGAUGUUUUCUGGCAGGUAUGAAAUUUCCCUGGUGACAUGCCGUUGUCACCUGCCAGGAUACAAUUCAUCCCCCUUUUGUUUUUGGUUUUGUUUUGUUUUGUUUUUAAGAUUUUAUUUAUUCAUUUGACAGAGAGAGAGAGACAGCCAGCAAGAGAGGGA